CUCCCCUCUCCGGCCGCCGCAACGAGCAGCCGCCGCCAUGCAGGCCGCCGCCGCCGCGCGCGCGCGCCGCCUCCUCACGUCGCCGGUGGCGUCCGGGAUCCCCGGCAUAUUCUCCGCAACUAGGUUUGCCGAGAGCGGCGCUCUUCCCCAUCUCGAUGGUCUCCCGCCAGCCCCGUCUCCGGCCCCUCCGCGCCAGGCUAGGAGCUUCUCCUCCGCCGCCUCCUCGUCUCUCCUAACCCGUAGCUUGCUAUCGCCAUGUAUAUCUUCUCAAUGGCAGAAUGAGAAAUCAUUGUUCUAUCAUAUGGCAGCAACUCACUUCUCAACAGAAGCAAGUGACAUUGAUCAACCUACAGAGGCUGUAGAGGAGCUGUAUCAAAAAAUGUUGAAAUCUGUUGAAGCCGAGACCAUGCCUCCGAAUGCCUGGUUGUGGUCAUUGAUAAGUAGCUGUUCCAAUAAUGAGGACAUCAAACUACUUUUUCAGAUUUUGCAGAAGCUAAGAGUAUUUAGACUAUCAAAUCUUCGCAUUGAUGCAAACUUCAAUGAUCAUCUUUGCAUGAAAGUCGCGGAGGCUUGUGCUCGUGUUGGUGCCCUUGACUAUGGACUGAAGGUUUUGUGGAAGCACAAUAUUUAUGGAAUUACGCCUACCAUUGGUUCUGCUCAUUAUCUACUGAAACAUGCUAAAGAGAAAAAUGAUACUAAACUAAUGGGAAGUAUAAUGCUAGUCCUUCAGAGAAAUUCGAUGCAAUUGCAACCAGGCACUGCUGAUAUAGUCUUCAGCAUCUGCUAUAACGCUGAUAGAUGGGAUCUACUCUCAAAGUAUGCAAGAAGAUUUGUGAAGUCUGGAGUCAAGCUGCAUGGUACUGCAUUUGACAUUUGGAUGGACUUUGCUGCCAAAGUUGGAGACUCCCAAUCUAUAUGGAACAUCAACGGCCUGAGAGGCAAGUCAGUCAAACGCUAUAGUCGUGCAACAGGUUUUGCAUGUGUAAAGGGUUUUCUGCUUGAACGCAAGCCAGAAAGUGCUGCUGCCAUGAUUAAACUACUUCACAAGCAUACACCUGAUGAGAAGAAACAAUUGGUGAAGGAUGAGCUCCAGAAGCUGGUUGCUGAUUGGCCAACAGAAGUGAUCAAAAGGCAGAAGAAAGAUGACAGGAAGGCGUUGGAGGAAGCUUUGAUUACAGAUAUCCCUAGAAUGAUCAGUUCCAUGGGGAAGUCGGGCCUUGAUAUUUCUGUGAGUUUGGACAAGCUUAACCCUCAAUUUGAAGCAGCUUGAGAAGAAACACCUUUGUCCUGAUCGUCUGGCAGCUGAAAUAUACCUGACUACCCUGAAGGGACUGAGUUAAGCAUGAGAUGGUUUAUCUGUAACGGAUGCAGGCAGGCAACCAACGUCUCGCAGUCCCAGCCAUUAUUUGUGCAACAUACAUUCAAUUUCAUGGGUAGCACUAGCCUCCCGGAGGAGAAUAACAUGUACGACGAGGGACGAGUCUUAGAGCAUACGUUCUGUCUGUUGUUGGACUUGACAGCUUGCCAUGUGCUUUCCAAGUUUCUGUGAUAGUUUUGUAGAAACCCUAGUGAAAAUUUCACGCAUGAAAUUCAAGAAUGAAUCUCGGACAUUUUAAA